AUGCAACAAAAUUCUUGCUUCCUGAUCCUCUCACUGUCCUUACUUUUCCUUCCCUUCAUUUUCUCCGACGCCAGAAAAGACGCUCUCACCGGAGGAUGGACGCCGAUCAAGAACAUCAAGGACCCACACGUGACUGAGAUCGCGGAAUUUGCCAUCGAUGAGUAUAAUAAGCAGUCAAAGGGGAAUUUGAAGUUGGAGGAGGUGGUGAAAGGUAAGACUCAGGUGGUCUCCGGGAUCAAUUAUACGCUGGUUCUACAAGUAAAGGACGAAACUGUUGAUAACUCGUAUGAGGCUGUGGUUUGGGAAAAGGCAUGGUUGAAAUUCAGGAAGCUUACCUCCUUUACCCUCGUCAAGGGUUAG